CUAGCGUGCAUACCUAGCAAAAUUAUUUGUGGUAAAAUAAAAUAUCGCUGGUUUUCUCAGCAUCUCAUCCACGUCGUCGCUCUGUUUUAGCACACCCUGCUCAACACGUCUGAGCUCGAUCGGUCAGCAGGCCGGAGUUGACCGCCGGCGGCGUGCCCCCACGCGACCGCGGCCCCUGAGGCGACCGCGAGCCGUUUCCAUUCCAGAAUAAAGAAAGAGGAGGAAGAAGAGAAGCCGAGUUCCUCGAAUGGUAAGCAGGCGUUGACCAGAACAGAUUGGAUCACAUCGCCACCACCACCACCACCUGAUGAUUCCACGAAAGAUAAACACAUCCCAUCCGAUCAGAUAGCUUAUCAUCCUCCAUACUUUUUAGUUGAUUGAUGCGGAGAUAGGUAGGCGGGCGUUGACUUUGCCUGGCGCGCGCGCGGCGGGCCACGGCUCAGCUCACCUCCCUCGCCGUCGCCGGAGCCCGGACGAGGACGGACGCCGGGGCCUGGGGGCGGGGGCAUGUGAAAUGGCGGCGCUGGAGAUCGCCUUCGCCGCCAUCAGCGUCGCGGUCAUCGUCGCCAUUGCCUACUUCCUCCACACGUGCUCGCGGGAGGCCACGCCCGUGCCGAUGCCGCCGCCCCCCGGCGCGGAGGAGGCCGCCGCCGCAGCCGGCGACGUCGAGAUGCAGGCCGGGAUGGACGAGGCCGCGAUCAGCGCGCUGCCCAAGGUGGUGGUGCGCGGCGGGGCCGGGGAGGCGUCGUCGUCCUCGUCGUCCACGAGCUGCGCGGUGUGCCUGGGGGAGUACGACCGGGGAGACGUGCUGCGGGUGCUGCCGGACUGCGCGCACUCGUUCCACCGGCCGUGCGUCGACCAGUGGCUGCGCCUCCGCCCCAGCUGCCCCGUCUGCCGCACGCCGCCGGCAGCCCCCUCGCCCAGCCAAACGUGAUUUUUUUUUCUUCUUUUGUUCCGAAACUCUCGAGAUGUAAAGCAAAGUGUAUGUAUAGUUGUUUAUACUUCACUGCAAAUAUUAUUCGUGGGUAUCCAGAAAAUCGGUCGCAUUCUAAAUCACUAAUGUUUUGGUGAUGAGGGCGAGCCAGCCGGAGAGAAGCAGUCAAAAAACUACAUGCACCAUCAAAUUGGCACAUCACCAAACCAUCUACUUAAACUACAUACACACCUUAUACAGUCUAAAAAAAACUACA